CCGGCGAGGGAGGCAACAGUCGUGGAGCACCACCAGCCGCUUGUCCUUCGCCCAGAGCCGGCUUCUCCGGCGUCUCGCUUCUGCAGCUGCCCACCUAACUGAAGAGACUGGCAAUAGCAGGGAUCUAAUUCGCAGACAAGCAAUUUCAUGGAGGAUUUAAAAAGCAAUGAAGAACCCCCCAGAGCUCGGUUGGAGAUCUGACAUAUCGGUUAGACAUUGUAAAGCCAGCCAGAUGCACUGAAACCUUCUUCUCACAAUCACGUUUCAUCUCAGCAACUCGUUUGAUCUAGCAUCUGGCGGAGGGCAUAGCUGUCCUCCCCCACCACCACGCCAAAUUGCGACUUGUGGACUCAGCAGUGCCCUGGAUGGCCGGUCUCGUGUCCUACUUCCAGCUUGCAGCCUCUCACAUAUGGACUCAGUUCACCAGGAACUUAGGAUUGUUUCCUGCUCUUCUGCUGCCUGGUGUUGACUAGGUCAAUUGGCAUCCUGGAUCCAGCAAUACAGGAGCAACUUGACAGCCAUCAAUUGAGCCAGUUUGCUGACCAGGCAUCAUGUCAGGAGAUUAUGAUGAGGAUAGACAUCGCAAGGCAAUGGAGCUCCUUCAUGUGCUGUGUUCCAACACAUGUGCUGCCCAGGAACGUGAGAAGUGCCAGGAACUGACAGGUCACGUGGGUCCCAUCAACUCAGAGAUCCUGGUUAGUCUUCUGUCAGUGAUUGUGACCUUCUGUGGGAUUGUGCUGCUGGGCGUCUCCCUCUUUGUCUCCUGGAAACUGUGUUGGAUCCCCUGGCGGGACAAAGGAUCCUCAUCGCAAACCCAGCGCAAGGAGCAUCCCCUCCAUGCUCAUCUCCACCACUCGCCUUUUGGGGACCUCCUGGCUGAGCGGGUGGAACUGGGUCCUGAAAUGCCGGAGAGAUCAUACCUCGAUAUGGAUUCCUACCCCGAGGCCAACCUCAAGGUUAGCCAAACCUCCCCUGAUCUCCCCGUGGAAGGCCAGACCAGUACCAAGGAAGGCAGCAUUCCCAAUGCCCACUCCCACCAGCAAGUGGCAAGCUUGGCCCCCACUCCCAGGUACAACACCCUACCACGUCCUGUGACCCAGCAGUUGAGCAGCCCAGACACCGGAGUCCAUGGAGGAGGAGAAGAGAAGGUGGAGCAGGUGACAAGCAUUGGGCAGAUAAAACCUGAACUGUAUAAACAGCGCUCGGGUGAGUCAGACUCCAAGAAGGGGGAGGCUCCAAGCUGUGGACAAUUGAGCUUUGCCCUCCGCUAUGCCUAUGGCACAGAGCAGCUGGUGGUGAGGAUACUCCGGGCUUUGGACCUACCUGCCAAAGAUGCGAAUGGAUUCUCAGACCCAUAUGUGAAAAUGUACCUUCUGCCUGACCGUAAAAAGAAAUUCCAAACGAAGGUGCAUCGCAAGACACUCAAUCCUAUUUUCAAUGAGACUUUCAGCUUCAACGUCCCAUUUGCUGAAUUGCCCUCACGUAAACUUCAUUUCAGUGUCUAUGACUUUGACCGCUUCUCCCGUCACGACCUCAUUGGCCAAGUUGUCCUGGACAACCUGCUGGAGAUUGCUGAGCGGGACAAUGAUGCUCCCCUCUGGAGGGACAUCAUGGAAGCCAGUUCGGAAAAAGCAGACCUUGGGGAGGUGAAUUUUUCCCUCUGUUACCUGCCCACAGCUGGUCGUCUCACAGUCACCAUCAUCAAGGCUACCAACCUCAAAGCCAUGGAUCUGACUGGAUUUUCUGAUCCCUAUGUCAAAGCAUCGCUCAUGUGUGAAGGGAGGCGCUUGAAGAAGCGCAAGACUUCCAUCAAGAAAAACACUUUGAACCCCAGUUACAAUGAGGCGCUUGUCUUCGACAUUCCCCAGGACAGCAUGGAGCAUGUCAGCAUUACCUUGGCAGUCAUGGAUUAUGAUUGCAUUGGGCACAACGAAGUCAUUGGCAUGUGUCGAGUGGGCAGUGAUGCUGAUGGGCCCGGGAGAGAUCAUUGGGCUGAGAUGCUGGCAAAUCCACGUAAGCCCAUUGAACACUGGCACCAGCUAGUAGAGGAGAAGACUUUGAACAGCUAUAUCAGCAAGAAUCCUCCAGCUCGAGACAAACCUAGCAUCAUAGUAGAAAGCAUUCAUUCAGACUAAAGCAACCACCAGCAGCCCUUUGCCA